CUGUCGGACACUUUAAAAUGGCGGGGCCCACGAACGCCGAACGUGAAGACCCUGGAGCUGCACCUUACGGAAACUUUAUCAAUUACUACAGCUUCAAUCCCCCCGAGAACCGGUUGACCCUCGUGCCAUCGGACCUGCUAAAGGAAGUCGGCGCUGAAGAUGGGCAAACAACGCUCGUAUUGGACGUGGGCUGCAACUCCGGGGAGCUGACUGUUGCCCUGUACCGACACCUCCUGGGCGAUGACGGUGCCUCCAUGGGCCCAAGGGAAGGCCAGACACUGUGCCUCCUGGGCUGUGACUUGGACGCGGCUCUCAUUGACAGAGCUGCAGACAGUAACCCCUUCCCUGGCGCCAUCAGCUUCCUGCCACUGGACAUCACUGACCAACCGGCGUGCGACACCAUCCUGAGCUCCUAUUUGAGCCGGUUCAACCAGGGUCUCUUUGACCUUUGCACGUGUCUCGCUGUGACCAUGUGGGUGCACCUGAACCACGGGGACGUGGGUCUGCUCAAGAUGCUGUCCAGCCUAGCCGUCCGCUGCCGCUACCUGCUCCUGGAGGUCCAGCCCUGGAAGUGCUACCAGUCAGCUGCCCGGCGCCUCCGGAAACUCGGCCGCCGAGACUUUGAGCACUUCAAGGAGCUGCAGAUUCGAGGGGACGUGGAGGGCAGGAUCCGGGAAUACCUGGAAGCCGAGUGCCAGAUGGAACUGCUCCACAGCUUUGGCAGCACGUCGUGGAAGCGCAACCUUCUGCUCUUCAAAAGCAAAAGGACGACGAUGACAAAGUGACUGGUGGGUGUCCGAGUACAUUGUGAGUCUUGGAGUGACAAGCUGGCCUGACCACACUCUGACAGUGACAGUGAGAGGGCCCAUGGACUGGGCUGGUGCUCCAGUCCAGAUCAGUGAGUGAUAACCAGUGAGCUACCAAGCCACCCUGGAGUGAAACUGUCACAUCACAAAAUAUUCUGCAUCUAAAUGUGUCGUGUCCUCGAUUUGUGUCCACGCCGUCCAAUUCACUUGACCUCAGUGGUGUUUUUGGCAUGAAAGUUGUGGUUGGAGCCAUCCCAGCCGUCUCCUGUGUGUGUGCAGACAUCUCUUACACGAACUUCACUAGUAAUUUAUGUUCCUUGAUUUCCUGCUAUUGACUAGUGAAACACGCAAGUUCAGGCACCCUCUGUGUCAGAGAAUAAAAAAAUCAAAGUGCCUGGUCUGCCUUGACGGGCAUCGGAAGACUGCGAUGCCCUCUGACGGUGCCAGCAAAGGAAAGCCUCACAACCACCCACUCACUGAUCAGGAAAAUAAGGUGGAUAUGAACGUCCUGCGCUGAAACAGGAACACCAAGUUUAGAUUCAAGUGGUUUUGAGUUGACAAAGAACAAGGAGGACAGUAACACGGACAGAACAAGCAGACGACACAUACAGCACACGGCACGUCCAGCUGUAGCGCCAACCACUGAGUGGCCAGCUUGAGGCUGGCAAAUUACUGAACACAGAGGUUUCUCCAUCCAAACUUGUCCUUUCCACCCUUCCUUCAAACCGGACCCUCAGACUGCUUGCUUGUUUUCCACACAGUGGACAGAGGGCACUUGGGCCUUUUUUGGUGGUGCUUCAAAUUUAGUGUGGUCCUUCUCAGCAGUGCUUGAGAAUUGAGAUGUGGUGUAAUGUCUUCAGGGCGAUUCAUUCCUCGUGUGGCUCUCCUGUUGUUUUUUUUAAUAUUGUUUUUCCAAAUUAAUGUGGCUACCUCCAAGAAAGAAAAUGGUGGUAGAUCAUUUGUCUUCUUCACUGGUGUGCAGUGUACAGCCUGUACUGGGAAAAAAACUCAAACUGGAAGUGCAAGCUUGCAACUAAAAAAGAAACCGACAAUGAACAGUAAUAUGGGCAGUGACCUUCAAGCCAUCAGUAAACUGGUCAGCUCAGGUUGAGCAGGGUACUGAGACCACUGCAGGGCCAACUGGUCCACCCUACAGCUGGAAGCGGGCUGCCCCAUGUAAGGGAAAUGUUUUCUCUGCGUGCCCAAGACGCCUUUUAUCAGUAUAUUCAUCAUUGAGACGAUGAGAUAAUGUCAUUUAAAUCUAUAAACGAGAUGUUCUGGUCCACCUUAAUAAAAGGAAGAAUCUGUGAGUUUGUCUGGUUGCCUUGCCUCUGUCAUUCUAACAAAUGGUGCAUCACAAGCAAAACUGCUUUUACAAAUCCCAUACUAAAUGGUGUAUAACAGAGAUGUAUGUAUUGCAUUUGUCAUUCCAACAGAUUGUGCAUCACAAACAUUUUUAGUAAUAAUAUGCAUUGCG